AUGGCAACCGCGGAGUUGUUGAGUAGUUUAGACAAGACAGUGAAUCCGUGCGAUGACUUCUAUCAGUACGUUUGCGGCAAGAGGAUGCGAAUGCUGACCAUUCCAGAGGAUCAGAAUAGCUUCACAAUAUUCGGCAAACUCGGAGAUAUUACAAUUAAAAAACUUAAUAAAUUAUUAGAAGUAGAAAACGAUUCCGAAGUGACUUCCAUAAAGUCUGCCAAGGUGUUCUACAGAUCCUGUCUGAAUGAAAGUCAGUUCGAGAGUGAAGGCAUCAAGCCAUUCUUGGACUUGCUGGCGAGUGUUGGAAGCUGUGCAUUCCUGAACGAGACGUGGAAGGAAGAGGAGUGGCUGAUUGAAAGAGUCCUCGCGUUAACAAGAGUUCAACUGGACAUCAACAUUCUCCUCGAUACAAAUGUUUAUCCUGAUGAUAAAAAUUCUACACACAAUGCACUCGGCUUAGACCAGGACAUGUUGGAGCUCCAGCAAGAAGAAUAUUUUGGCAACAGCUCAAAGGUUCGUCAGUCUUAUGAAACAUUUUUGCUGAAGGUGAUGACGAAGUUGAAAGGGGAAGGCGACGAAACAAAAACAAACCAUACAUUACUUGAGGUACUUGAGUUUGAGAAAAAACUUUCCAACGUAACGGGACCGUUGCGAGAUAGAAUGCAGCCAGAAUAUUACAAGAAGAUAACCGUUGGAUACCUUAACAAUCUGACUAAUCACGUUAGUAAGUUCAACUGGACAAAGUACUUCAACACUAUACAAAAAGAUUUAGGGGCGGAUGAUACUGAGGUGAUAACAUACUCUCUGGACUAUAUCAUCGCACUGUCGGAACUCAUCAGCAAAACCGAUAAGAAAACCUUGUCGAACUUCAUAGCAUGGUCAAUCGUACGGCACUUCACUCGAGUUACCGGCCUGCCAGGUUUUCAAACAAUCAUCAGCGACUACAGAAAGGCUAAAUCGGCAUCGGAUCUGAUAAAGAGGGUCCGGGAAGAGUUCAUAAACCUGCUGAAGAAGAAUGAGUGGAUGGACGAAGAAACACGCCAGUACGCAAUCAUGAAGGCUAAAGCUAUAGUCGAGAGGAUAGGAUAUUCUGAUCAUGUCCUUAACGAUACAGUACUGAACAAUCUUUUUGACGGGCUUGUGAUAAAAGAGAACAAAUUUUUGGAAAACCUGCUAAACGUGAAACAUUUCCAAGCAAAAGCCAUGUUCAAAAGUUACGGUACAAUCGUCAGCAAAGAUGAAUGGGACCAGAUUCCAGCUCAGGUCAAUGCGUACUACGAUCCAACUCUUAAUGAGAUUAGUACUAAGUUGGAAUAUUCGAAUGAUUUUUCAGUGUUUCCGGCUUCAAUCUUCCAGCCGACAUUCUUCAGCCACAUUUAUCCAAGAUCAAUGAACUAUGGAGGAAUUGGAAUGGCUAUCGGACACGAGAUAAUACACGGAUUUGAUAAUAAAGCAUUGUUUAAAUUGAUUUUGCACUUGAGAGAUGCUGAAUUAUUUGUUGUGUGCACUUAUGAAGGGAAAUGCCACGACGAGAAGGGCAACCUAAAGGACUGGUGGGACCCUAGCACCGAGGCUUCCUUCCAAGAGAGGGCAGACUGCAUGAUCAACCAGUACAACCAGUUCGAAAUUAAACAACUCAACCUCACUGCAUACCAAAGAUGGGUGAAGGAGAAUGGGGAGGAGCCCUCACUGCCUGGUCUCAACUUCACCCACAACCAACUGCUCUUCGUCAAUUAUGCUCAAAUAUGGUGUGAGUUGCGGAGAGACGAAGAUGCACUCAAGCGCAGUAAAUUAUCUCCACAUCCUCCUGGAGAAGCUAGGUAA